GGGCAGUCUCGUCAUUUAAAAAAAUACUCCGUGCAGUAACUCUCUCUAGUCUACUAUCUUCUCUUGUAUUCCCAUUUCCCACACUCUCCAUCUUUCAGUUCAUGGCGUCUGGACAAGCAGAUCAAGAACCCCCACAACCUCCCUCUCUUCAGUACCAGACAUGGGUUCUAAAAGUUUCCAUCCACUGUCAAGGCUGCAAAAGGAAAGUAAAAAAAGUGCUCCAAAGCAUCGAAGGUGUUUACACAAUAAAUAUCGAAGCGCAGCAGCAAAAAGUCACCGUUACCGGCAACGUGGACGCGCAGACCCUCAUCAAGAAGCUGGUCAAGACAGGCAAACAUGCAGAGCUCUGGCCAGAGAAUCCCAAGCCCAAGGACAAGAAAGGAAACGACAAAGAAACCGACCCUAAAAGCUCCGAAAACACCGAAGAUGAAGACGACGACCCGCCGCCUGAUAACGGCAACGUCAAGAUCAGCUCCCCGCGCCUCGCCGGCGGAAACGGCGGACCUACCGUCAAGUUCAUGCUCGACCAGCCGCCGGAAAAUGCCUCCGCCGGGGACAAGCCACCGCCGCCUGAGAAUAAAAGCGGCGGCGGCGGUGGAGGUAAAAAGAAGAAAAGGCGGGGGCGAAAAGGGAAUAACAGUAGUGGAGGAAAUAAAAAUAGUGGUGGGAAUAGUGCGGGAGCACCGGGUAAUGGUGCGGCGUCUAGCACAGGAUUGGAGAUUCCGAGGGUGGGAAUCACGCAAGCCGUUGAUCAGAUCAAUGUGAGCCCUCCACCGCUGAGUGCGGCGUAUCCUAGCGUGCCAGGUGCGCCGCAGCAAGCGUAUGUCAUGAGCUACAAUGCGGCGUAUCCUAGCGUGCCAGGUGCGCCGGGGUACUACGUGGCGCCGUCGCCGUAUGCUUACGCGUAUGGGCUGCCGGAGGAGUACGUGGCACAAGCGCAGCCGUUGGAUUCGUUCGAGGUGUUGAGCGAUGAGAAUCCUAAUGCAUGUUGCCUCAUAUGAUAAUUAUGUUUUGGUUUUUUUUUGCGAAUGUAUAUAUCGAAUUUUGAAUAUGGUAGUGACUAAUGUCUAAUGUUGCAUUAAAACGUUUUAAUGCUCA